AUGCUCGCUUUCAGGCUGUACGGUGCACUCGUAGCGCUGCUGUUCGCUUCGGCGGCGUGGGCGCAGGCCCAGUCGAACGUCUCCAUCUCCGUCGCCUCGUCCCCAUCAAUCGACAUCGCGACACGCUUCCUCGAGACUCUCCACUUGCGGAAACCCACCGUCUUCCACUCGUUCCUUCACAUGCUUACAGAAUUCAAGAUUCGGCCCAAGAUCGACUUUACCGACCCAGCAUUCGCACCACGCGCACCAGGACUCGAUGGCAGGCCCCGCCCCGGCCGCUACGCCAACCACAACCCGAUCUUCACCCGCCUUGCGACGCAGAACGAGUCGUUCGUCGCCCUUGAGCACACGCUGCUCCGCUCGCGCGAGUUGCGGGAGCGCGGAGGCUACACGCUCUUUAAACUCGCGCUGGCAGGAGGUGUCGCGAAUGACGAGAUCCGGGAGAUGUAUCGCGUCUGGGAGGAGAGGGAGAUGGAGGUCGAGCAGCCUGCCAAGGUUCGCGGCGAGUGCGUCAGCUGGAUUGACGUUGCUGGCAAGAAGGUGUGCUCGUUCGACGAGUUCUGGAAGGUUGUUGGGCUCAAGGAGAACGGGCGCUGGGGAGUCAUUCCAGUUGUCGGCGACUCGCCCAAGACGUACUCUUUCGACCGCUUCUUCCCCCACGACAGCCAGAACUCGUCUCUCCCGCUCGUCGUUCUCUACGCCGCGCCUACCGACGAAGCCCUUCCCGAGCUGUACAACGCCCUUCACGCUCUGGCAGCGCCCGCUUCCGGCCGGCCUCCUCGUCUCCAGUUUGCCAUCCGGUGGCGGCUCGACCCGAAGCUCGAGCUGCAGUCAUACGAGCCCGAUUGGCGUGUCGAGGCGGCUAUCAAGGAUGGCUACAAGGCGCCGCAGGUGGAAUCCGGUACAUUCAACUUUUCGGCUCGCGCCGUUUCGUACAUCCGCGCCGCGAAGGACAAGUUCGCCGCGCUCACCCAGGUUGCGACUGCUCUUCCGACUGUCGCCUCCGACAUCCUUGCCACCACUGCACGCAAGGGCCUUCCCACAACUUCGUCGGUUCCCGAGCAGCUUCUCAUCAACGGCGUCUCCGUCCCGCUCGACAACCUCACCUACUCCGGCCUGCUCGACUUGCUCGACUCGGAGCGACAGCUCAUCUACGAUGUCGCCGCUUCGACCGUUGGCUUGUACAACGAAGACGCCGCCAAGAUCGUCCGCAACGCAGCUCUGACUAUCGAAGGACCGCGUUCGUCCGCCGCUUCUCUCGCCGUCCCGACCAAGGAGCGCCCGCUCAAGUUUGUCAACCUCGCGUCGGCGAUGAGCAAGCUUGCGACUGCGUUUGCGAAGAACUCGUACAUCGAGGGUGUCAUCGAGAACGAGACGGAGGAGAACGACCCGCCUGCGAAGGCGACUGUUCACGUCGUGACAGACCUGAACAGCGAGAAGGGUCGACAGCUUGUCCGCAAUGCCCUGAAGUUCGCCGAGAAUACCGCCGAGGUUCGCGUCUCGUUCGUCCACAACCCCGGCCCUGACGCCGAAGACCCUCACGCCUUCUCGCUCUCGACCCUCGUCGCUGCGAUGGUCGAGUCCGAAGAUUUUCCCGAGGCAUUCCCCUCCGAGAUCGUCACCUUCCUCGACUUCAAUGCCUCUCCCGCCCACCCGCCCAAACGCUCACUCAACGACAUCUGGACCAAGGAGAACCCGAUGACUCCCUUCGUCGACCAAGGCGCGACCGAGGCGCAGCUGGCUGUCGCAGAAGCGUACUGGAAGGUGGCCCGGACGUUCUGCGAGCGUGCAGGCUUCGAGCCGGGCGUUUCCGCUGUCCUCAUGAACGGACGAGUGAUCGACCUCCCCGAACACGAGUUUGCGGUCGGCAGUUUCAGCGCGCUGCACCAGUACGAGCUCCGCCGCCGCAUCAAACCUGUCGUUGAGGCCGCCACCGCCGUCUUCCCCGACAAGAUCCGCGAGAAUCGCAAAUCACAGGCAGAGGUCUUCGCUGCCGCUAGUUCCAUCAUCGGCGUCCACGGUGUCAGCAGGCAGACUAUCGGCGCAGAGAAAGUCAAGGGCUUGACUCAACUCGUGCACGGCGAACUUUCCCACGCCCUCUUCCUUGUUACGGCCGUCCUCGACCCCCUGAGUCCCUUCGGCCGCACCGUCGCACCAAUCCUCGAGACGAUCCGAACGAUGCCCCUCUUCGCCAUCAAGGCGUACCUCCUACCCUCCGCCUCGUCCACCAAGCCCGACUUCAACGUUCUUUCCGGCCGACCAUUUCCCGUGGAGACGCUCUUCGACGACAACAACACCGAAACUGUGCCGCGAGUGACGUUUGCGGGCUUGCCGGAGGGAGCGGUCCUGGAUGUCAAGGUCUACGACGGGAAGACGGGCGAGGUGCUUGCUGGACCUGGAGGUCAGGGCGGCGAGACGAUUAUUGUCGAGAAGGAUGCGAAGGAGGUUGUGUACGGCCAGGUGGUUGAGGUCGAGAGCGAGGAGGACGUCAAGGCGCACGUUCGCGACGAGCUGUAG